AUGUCGGGAUACGCCAAAUUCAUGAAAGAACUGGUUACAAAGAAAAGGAGCUUGGAAUAUGAAAUGAUAGACGUGCCCCAUAGUUGCAGUACAAUUAUGACAAAUAACUCAAUCACAAAGAGAGAAGAUCCUGGAGCAUUAACAGUCUCGUGCACAAUUGGUAUGCUCCAAUUUGCUAAAGCCUUGUGUGACUUAGGGGCAAGUAUCAAGUUGAUGCUCUAUGCAAUAUACAAGCAACUUGACUGUGAGAUCGAUGCUGAAAUUUCCAUUAUUUUGGGAAGGCCUUUCUUAGCUACAGGGAGAGCACUGGUGGAUGUUGAAAGCGGGAAAUUAAAGUUCCCUGUGAAUGAUGAUGAGGUUACCCUCAAUAUUUGUAAGUCCAUGAAGCAACCAAGAAACAUCCAUGUGGUUUCCACUAAGGAUGUGAUAGAUAAGGCAGUGGGUUACGAGGAAGCGAUAGCUGCUUUAUCAGGAUUAGGAUCAUAUUCAAGGAAUCCAAUCAAAUUGGAUAUCGAUCUGAAAAACAGAGAAAGUCCCCCUGCUAAACCAUCAAACGAAGAACCACCGAAUUUGGAGUUAAAAGUCCUACCCUCUCAUCUCACAUAUGCCUUCUUAGGCGCCAAUAAUACUCUACCAGUAAUUAUUGUCGCCAAUCUACUUGAAAGGCAGGUGAAAUUGCUCAUUGAAGUAUUGCAGAAGCACAUAAAAGCUAUUGGAUGGACAAUAGCCGUUAUAGUAGGAAUUUCUCCUGGAAGCUACACUCACAAAAUCUAG